GUCGUCUUUUCUUUUUAUGUUGGUUGGCAGCCAACCGCCUCCUUCUCUUCCGAACAGAUCUUUAUUCCAUGCAUUGUGUACUACGUUCUUUCAUUUGAUGAAGCCCCGUGUCCCUUCAAAAUCUUCUAACUUGUCCCCCUUCGAACCUCAUCAUUCAGUUACGUAUUUCCUAUACCUCAUGAAAGCGUGUUCUCCACUUCCUGGCAGCCUUCACAUCAACCCGACUCAACCCUAUCGACUUCAGAGUGGAAGGAAUCUUCUACGUUAACGACCCUCUGGAAAAGUUGAUGUUCGAGGAGCUGCGGAAUGCGUGUCGAGGAGGAGGUGUGGGCGGCUUCCUGCCAGCCAUGAAACAGAUCGGGAACGUGGCGGCGCUGCCCGGGAUCGUCCACAGAUCCAUCGGACUCCCCGACGUCCACUCGGGGUACGGGUUCGCCAUCGGAAACAUGGCGGCCUUCGACAUGAACGACCCCGACGCGGUGGUGUCUCCAGGCGGCGUAGGCUUCGACAUCAACUGCGGCGUGCGCCUGCUGAGGACCAACCUGGACGAGCGAGACGUGCAGCCCGUCAAGGAGCAGCUGGCGCAGUCGCUCUUCGACCAUAUCCCCGUGGGCGUCGGCUCCAAGGGCGUCAUCCCCAUGGGGGCCAAGGACCUGGAGGAGGCGCUGGAGAUGGGCGUGGACUGGUCGCUGAGGGAGGGCUACGCCUGGGCCGAGGACAAGGAGCACUGCGAGGAGUACGGCAGGAUGCUGCAGGCCGACCCCGCCAAAGUCUCGUCCAAGGCCAAGAAGAGGGGCCUCCCGCAGCUGGGAACGCUGGGAGCGGGAAACCACUACGCCGAGAUCCAGGUGGUGGACGAGAUCUACGACGACUACGCCGCCAAGAAGAUGGGCGUGGACCGCAAGGGUCAGGUGUGCGUCAUGAUACACAGCGGCAGCCGAGGCCUCGGACAUCAGGUGGCGACGGACGCGCUCGUCGCCAUGGAGAAGGCGAUGAAGCGCGACAAGAUCGCGGUCAACGACCGGCAGCUGGCGUGCGCCCGCAUCGGGUCGCCCGAGGGGCAGGACUACCUGAAGGGAAUGGCGGCCGCCGGGAAUUACGCCUGGGUCAACCGCUCGUCCAUGACCUUCCUCAGCAGACAGGUGACGAAAAGAGAAAGAAAGAGAAAGCGAGUCGUUCACUCUUUGGCUCGCGCUCCGUUGUCGUUUCAGGCCUUCUCCAAAGUGUUCGACAGCACGCCGGACGACCUGGACAUGCACGUCAUCUACGACGUGUCGCACAACAUCGCCAAAGUGGAGGAGCACACGGUGGACGGGCGCCAGCGCACCCUGCUGGUCCACCGCAAAGGCUCCACGCGGGCCUUCCCCCCGCACCACCCGCUCAUCCCCGUCGACUACCAGUUGACGGGCCAGCCGGUUCUGAUCGGGGGAACCAUGGGCACGUGCAGCUACGUCCUGACCGGCACCGAGCGAGGCAUGACCCGCACCUUCGGGACCACCUGCCACGGAGCGGGUCGUGCUCUGUCCCGGGCCAAAUCUCGCCGCAAUCUGGACUUCCAGGACGUGCUGGACCAGCUGGCCGACAAAGGCAUCGCCAUCCGAGUGGCGUCCCCCAAACUGGUCAUGGAAGAGGCACCCGAGUCGUACAAGAACGUGACGGACGUGGUGAACACGUGCCACGACGCCGGCAUCAGCGCCAAGGCCGUCAAGCUGCGGCCCAUCGCCGUCAUCAAAGGCUGAUCUGUGAACAAUGGCAAACCCGCCUUCAAUAAACUUGUGUGAAAGAA